UUGAGCCUCCACCUGUCACACAGGCCACUUGUGAAGGAAGCAAGGAGACAGGCCACCUUGGCUGUAGCUCUACAGGGUGCUGUACAGACCCAAGGGUGCCCAUGGAGGUCCUGUCCAGCGUGCAGUCUGAUGCCCAUCCAGCCCUUUGACCAGCGGGAAUGGAAUGAGCCUAUGCACUCCCUCCGGAUCAGUGUAGGGGGCCUUCCAGUGCUGGCAUCCAUGACCAAGGCCACGGACCCUCGCUUCCGCCCCCGCUGGAGGGUGAUUCUGACGUCCUUUGUGGGUGCUGCCCUCCUCUGGCUGCUGUAUUCCCACCAUCAGACCCCAGUACCGGGCAGGCCCCCCAUCCACAACACACACAACUGGAGGCUCAGCCAGGAGCGCAUCUCUCAAUACAAUGACACCUACCCCCUGUCACCCCCACAGAGGACUCCAGGUGGGAUUCGGUACCGAAUCGCAGUCAUUGCUGACUUGGACACGGGGUCCAGGGCCCAGGAGGAGAACACUUGGUUUAGUUACCUUAAGAAAGGCUACCUGACCCUGUCGGACAGUGGGGACAGGGUCAGUGUGGAGUGGGAUAAAGACCAUGGGGUCCUGGAGUCCCACCUGGCAGAAAAGGGGCGGGGCAUGGAGCUCUCGGACCUGAUCGUCUUCAACGGGAAACUCUACUCUGUGGAUGACCGCACGGGGGUCAUCUACCAGAUCGAAGGCACCAAAGCAGUGCCCUGGGUGAUCCUUUCCGAUGGCGAUGGAACCGUGGAGAAGGGUCAAUUGCUGCUGCUCAGCCUUGCCCCGAGCCCACCCAGUUCAAGGGUCUGUGCGAGCAGCAGUGACUCCUGGGAACACAAUCUGAUAUUAGCGUCUUUUGUAGCAGGCUUCAAAGCGGAAUGGCUGGCUGUGAAGGACGAGCAUCUGUACGUGGGUGGCCUGGGCAAGGAGUGGACGACCACGACGGGGGAGGUGGUGAACGAGAACCCUGAGUGGGUGAAGGUGGUGGGCCACAGGGGCAGUGUGGAACACGAGAACUGGGUGUCCAGCUACAAUGCCCUGAGAGCUGCCGCAGGGAUCCAACCGCCAGGCUACCUCAUUCACGAGUCCGCCUGCUGGAGCGACACACUGCAGCGCUGGUUCUUCCUGCCACGACGGGCGAGCCACGAGCGCUACAGCGAAAGGGAGGACGAGCGAAAGGGCAGCAACCUGCUGCUGAGCGCAGCCCAGGACUUCAGGGACAUCUCUGUGAGGCAAGUGGGGGCGCUGGUCCCCACCCACGGCUUCUCAUCCUUCAAGUUCAUCCCCAACACGGAUGACCAGAUUAUCGUGGCUCUCAAGUCAGAAGAGGACAAUGGCAGGAUUGCCACCUACGUCAUGGCCUUUACGCUGGACGGCCGCUUCCUGCUUCCAGAGACCAAGAUCGGCAGUGUGAAGUAUGAAGGAAUAGAAUUCAUCUAGAGAGUAAGCUUGCACCCCAGCAGGGCUGGGGCCGGUGACCGCGAUACACCAGGACUCAGUUUCAUAAAAACCGGGAGCUCUUCCACUCGUUUGCUUUUUCCUUUUUUGAACUAAGAGCUGUGUGCCUGGCUAGAGUUCCAGAAUAGGGAGCUGCGCCUGGCCCUUACGGGUGUGCGGGUGUGCGUGCUGCUUGGAGACUGGGAGCAGGGACCGCACCGGACCCCAGGUGCUCUGCCCACGCAUGCUCACUUGCACUGCCACCUGGUGGUAGGGACUGGUCACUGCUGCAGGCACCUUUCGAGCCUCUGGCCUUCGAAUCCAGCCAUGCCUUUCCUUCCCUGGUCUCUGACCUUUCCAUGAGUUCUCUGUCCAGUGUUUUUGAAGCAGCCAGGUGUUAAACCCUAGCCUAACCAUGGGAGUAUGAGACAGUGUGAGGUAGGCCUGCCAGACAGGCACUCGGAGGCCCCCUCCUCCUCCCUGGCAUUCCGUACUCUGGAAAGUGAAUGUUUACAUGACAGGUUGAGGACCCACCCCUUGGGAGACGCCUGCCCACACUCUGAAGCCACUCUAGCACAGGAUUCCUUACGAGCUGGUCAUAACUUCCUUUCUCCCCUCAGGAGGAUUUUGUGCUGUACAGGCUUUUAAAGUCUGAUUACUAACUUAUUUUUAUUAAAGCAAUUUCUUUUCCUGAAGUACAGAGUCACUAAACUUCAUCACACAGUGAAGGAGUUCCCAUACCUACUUGCAGGAGCAAGGGGCUUGUCCCUACAGCCACGAUGGCAACCCCAGCUUUUACAGAACGGGCUUCAGGAUCCUGGGCCUCUGUCUUCUAGCAACUUCCCAAAGUUGCCAUGCUCUCACCCUCAUCAGUGGCUGAGGGAGGGACUGUGUCUGACUAGAGAUCGGCCCUCGCUGGCUCUUGGUGAGUGUUUGGUAACCUUCUCUCCAGGGGAGCCUCACUGUCUUCUGCUCUCCUGUUCAGUCCCUGUUCAAGAGAGCCUAGGCAGCCGAGUCGGGCUCAGAGGUUGUUCUGUAGGUAACAGCCACCAUAGCUGUCUGCAACACAGGAUGCAGGUACUGCCGUGGGCUCAGGGCCCUGACGAGCAUCGCAAACCCCUUCCACAGGAAGCUAGGAGAGCCAUUGCCACUGGGGCCUGACUGCCCUCAGUCCGACAGGCUGUUUCUGUCCUGUGCUGAGGUCUUGGUGUACUUGUGCUGGGAGCUCAGCCAAACCUCAGUGUGUGUCAGCUGUGUUAGAUUGUGUGGUUCUGAACUGAAAGAGAUGAGAGGUGGAGAGACCUGGGCCCCCUUGCUAAGAAGCCUUCCACACACCUUCCUUUCCCUAAUGUGAGCAGAAUGAUUGUGUCUCUCUGUUUUGUAAACAAUAAAGUGUCAGGGGAAUGUG